AUGAUAGAACUACUGCAGUCUGCCGGAUUCUCCUUGCGAAAGUGGAAUUCUAACAGCAAAGAAUUGCUGUCAGCGGUGCCGGAGGGUUUGAGAGAUGAGCGCUCGAUUCUGGAGCUAGAUUCCUCUACCGCUGCCGUGAAAACGUUAGGCUUGACGUGGGAGCCUAGCACGGACUGCUUCCGAUUCAGUUCGCCAGCUUGGAAUGAGGCCGCGGAGAUUACGAAGCGUUGCGUCUUGUCUGAUGCGUCUCGACUAUUCGACCCGUUAGGACUGGUGGGUCCGGUAAUCAUCCAGGCAAAGAUUUUCCUUCAAGAUCUCUGGAAGCACGACUGCGAGUGGGAUGAACCGCUUAGCUCGCAACUUCAAGAGCAGUGGCGUGAGUACAGGCGAAAUCUAGCAUGCCUAGACGGGAUUGCAGUUCCCCGAUGGGUUGGAACGAGCCGUAGCACCGAAACGGUUGAGCUGCACGGAUUCUGCGACGCGUCGAACAAGGCAUACGGCGCAUGCGUGUACGUGCGUACCGUGACAGCAGAUGGAAACGUGUCAGUUCACCUGCUGACCUCCAAAUCUCGGGUGGCUCCGCUCGAGAAUUUGAAGAAAAAUAAGAAGUCGCUGUCAACACCUCGCCUAGAGUUGUCCUCGGCACUUCUCCUUGCCAACCUAUACGAGAAAGUCGCCAAAAACAUCAACGUCGUCACCAAGUGCCACUUCUGGACAGACUCGACGAUCGUCGUCUGCUGGCUUUCAUCGUCACCUGCGAGAUGGAAGCAGUUUGUGGCGAAUCGUGUCUCCGAAAUACAGCACAUUACGAAGGGUAGCGUGUGGCAGCACGUCGCCGGUGAGGAUAACCCGGCGGACAUUAUUUCUCGAGGAAUGAGUCCAGCGCAGCUUCAGUACGAGUCUCGAUGGUUUCACGGACCGAAAUGGUUGAUGUUGGACAACCAGUACUGGCCCACUUCGGCACAGAUCGACGAGGGCAGUCUCGACCAGGCAGAAUUAGAGGAGAAAGCGGUUGUCGCGGCCCUCCCCGCUGUUUCCCCUAGUGAGAUCUUCGGACUUCGUUCGUCGCUGGUGGAUCUAGUUCGGCUGACUGUUCACAUUCGACGGUUCAAGUGGAAUUCAUCGCCGGCGAAUCGGUCCUGUCGGAAAGUAGGCUGCAUCACGUCCCAGGAGUACGACGACGCAGUCAAGGAGCUGGUGAAGCUUUCGCAGCGGGAAUGCUUUCCACAGGAAUUCGCGGACAUCGCUCGACACGGACAGUUGCAGGAUUCCUCUAGAAUAUCGAACCUCAAUCCCCAAUUAGUUGAAGGCGUAUUGUGCGUUGGCGGCCGGCUGAAGAACGCGGCUGUCCCGGAUGGCAGGAAGCAUCCGUGCAUACUCGACCAUCGGCAACCCUUCAAGAGAAUCGUCGUAGUAUAUUACCACCGCAAAUACUUCCUCGCUGGUCAACAGCAGAUAGUCACGGCAGUUCGAGAGCGAUUCUGGCCAACGAGCGCCAGGAAUCUCGCAAGGCAGGUUAUCCACGAAUGCGUGCAGUGCUUUCGUGCGAAACCUAAAAUCCAGGAGCAGCUGAUGGCCGAUCUGCCCCCCGAGCGAGUCAGGCCAUGUUUUCCAUUCCAGAAAGUCGGCAUCGAUUACUGCGGUCCGUUCCACGUAGUGUAUCCGCAGCGUCGAGUACGAUCGAUCAAAUGCUUCGUAGCAGUCUAUGUGUGCCUAGUUACCAAAGCGGUGCAUUUAGAGCUGGCGGCCGAUCUGUCGACGCAGGCAUUCCUCGCGACGUUGCAACGGUUCACUGCGCGUCGUGGCAAACCAUCGUUGAUAAUGUGCGACAACGGGACGAACUUCGUCGGCGCUCGACGGAAGCUGGAUGAGCUAGCGCAGCUGUUCGCAAGUCAGCAGUUUACGAAUGCAGUAUUACGACAGACGACAGAGGACAGGAUCGAGUUCCGGUUCAUUCCAGCCCGGUCACCGAACUUUGGAGGGCUGUGGGAAUCAGCGGUGAAGUCGUUCAAGACCCUGUUCAAGCGAACGAUUGGCGCCCGUUGCCUGGAAUACGACAGGAUGCAAACGGUGCUGGCGCAGACAGAGGCAAUAUUGAAUUCAAGACCGCUGACCCCGAUCAGCAACGAUCCGGACGACUUCGAGGCCCUCACCCCUGGACACUUCUUGAUCCAGCGGCCGCUGACGGCCAUUCCGGGACCCGAUCUUGAUGGAGUUCCGGAGAACAGACUUUCGGCUUGGGAAAGAAUGACGGAGUUCACCCAGAGGUUGUGGAAGAAAUGGUCGGAGCAGUAUCUGUCCAACCUCCACAAUCGGACAAAAUGGACGAGGCAGAGAGACAACAUAGCUGUUGGCACUAUGGUUGUUUUGAAAGAGGAGAAUUUGCCACCCUUGACGUGGCAGUUGGCACGGGUGACCGAGGUUCACCCUGGGUCUGAUGGAAAUAUCAGAGUUGUGACCGUGCGGAACAAAGACGGCAGUUACCAGCGAGCGAUCUCCAAGAUCUGCGUGCUGCCAAUACGCGACAAUUUUCAAUCUGGCGAAGGGGAGAACUAG